GAGAAGAUGUAUUUUUUAAAAAUAAGCAAGUUUUUAUAUAAGAUGUUACCCAAGCUGUCAGUGUAGAGUUAAAGCUAGUUUAAUAAGAUAUUGGUCAAAAAUUUGACCCACAAAUUAUAAAGCCUUUCAUAUUGUUAGAUUUUAUUUAGAAAAACAAUGCAGAAACCAACAAACCCUGUUAAGAGAAGUUCAUCCAUCCGGAAUAUCAUGGGUUAUCCAAUAAUAAAAGGUGGAAGUCAUUCCCUACCAAGACAAAAAACAAUACAUAGUGGUUGGUUGUGGAAGAAAGGUGUAAUGAAUUCGCAACUCUCAAACCGAAGAUGGUUUGAAAUCAAGGGAGAUCAGUUAUAUUACUUUAAAGCUAAAGGUGAUUCUAAUCCUCUUGGGCAAGUAUCUCUUGCUGGAAACGAGAUUAAAAGACACCCACCAUUGGCAGACACAAGUGGAAAAUACUUGUUUGAAAUAAUUGCUGGUGAGCAACGAAAGGGCCGACCUGUGAUGGAAAACUUUGAUACGUUGUUGUUUGGAGCUGAAGCUCCUUAUGAGAUGGAAGAAUGGAUAAAAGCAAUCAACAGAGUUAUUUACACUCCCCUCGGCGGAGGCAUGUUUGGUCGUUCGAUAAUUGAAACUGUAAAACUGGAUUCCAGGAAAGGUGGUGGAAUGGUACCUAUUAUUGUUGAGCAAUGCGUCGAAUAUAUUAGAAAAAUAGGAAUGAACGAGGAAGGUAUAUUUCGAGUGCCUGGUGCAAAAGACGAUGUGGAGAUGUUAAAGAAUUCAUUUAAUAAAGGGGAAACAAUUACGUUAAAAGAAGGAGAAUACAAAGUGCAUAUUGUUGCUUCUGUGUUAAAGCAAUACAUUGGAGAUUUACCUGAUCCAGUUAUUCCGUCUGAAAAUUAUGAUCAAUUUAUUGCUGUGGGAGGCUUAUACAAAGAAGACAAUAAGGCCGCCAUUUCGAAGUUUCGUAAUUUGUUAAAAAUUAUACCAAAGGAACAUUUAAAUUUAUUAAAAUACUUAAGCCGUUUUUUAUUUGAACUUCAAACAUAUGAAAAAACAACGAAAAUGACGAUUGUGAAUCUUGCUCUUGUAUUUGGUCCAAAUAUAUUAAGACCCCAGGGCGACGAUCCUGAUUUUUUACUUAAAAGUCUUGGCGAUGUCAACAGAACUACAAUGGCGAUUGUGAUGUGUCAGGAGGAAUUGUUCCCUGUGACACCAGAUGAAAAAUAUUACCAACCCAGAGAUUCCUUCGAUAACUUGUAUUUAAAGGUUGCCCCACCAAUGACACAAGACAAAAGAUCUAUGUCUGAUAGCAGUUUAUCGGAUUUGAUAGAUCUUGAAAGAACAUUCAGUACUGAAAAGAGAGAUGAAGUAGCACAGUUAAAGAAAGAAAUUGAAGAACAAAGAAAACAAUUUCAAGACCAGAUAGAAGAACUAGAGAAUAAAUUGGACGCUGAAAUAAAAAUUCGCGAAAUGAUUAAAAUACGCUUAACGGAUGAGCAUAAAGCCAGGGUUGCUGCGGAGGAGAGACUCGAGUUAUACAGAAAUGGCAUCGAAGAAUAUUGUAAAAAAUUUGGACAUGUUGAUAUUAGCAUAUCUUGAUAUAGAUCUUUAAUUGUAGGAAACUCUUUUAAACUGAAAAUGAAUUUAUAAUUUAGAUGAAAAGUAAUUUUAUAGUCUGAGGCAGCCAUGUAUAUAGCUUGUAUUUACUGGGCCUCGUUUGUUGUUAUGUGGUUAUUUCUAUUUUUCAACAUUUUUGAGAAAUUAGAUUUUAAUGCUCACACUGUAAUGCUUUAGUCAAACAGUCUCUUCAUAAACCCUCUCCCUUUAAGCCCAACUUCUUUUCAAAUUCAUUGACCUUUUCAAUGACCAAUCAAACUAAGAAAUUAAACUUUUUUCUGUACUUUUUUUUAACAGCAGGUUUAAAUUCUUAGUUUAGAAUCUGCUAUAACAUAUAGCAACGUUAAGAAAAGUUUAAGGUAACACCCCCUGACUCCCAUAUAUAAAGUCACCUUCAAAUAGCUGACCUGGCGUCUUUUUCGAACAUACAAGUUGUUCUUUCGAUGUCCAACGACUAUGUAGUUAUAUGGUAUAUUACGAUAAUGCUCCUAAAUGAUUGAUAUGCAUUCAUUAACUCUUUAUAAUUGUUACUAAAUAUAUUUUUGUAUAGCGCUUACACCAAUGGAUAGUACUGUCUUAACUCAGAGUAACAAAAAGAUUUUGUCUGGUAUUUAGAGGUUUCUGCUUUUUGGAAAGCAGGAAUCUUUAAACAAUUUAAUUGUUUUCAAUUUUAAAAAAUCAAAUUAAAACUUCUUUAACAACUUUUACCUCGAAUCUCUCCAACCUUCGUUUUACAAACUGUGGCAUGUUUUUAUUUUUAAAAUGCAUCAAGAGAGAACUACAUUAUUAUUAGGUAUGUAAUUUAAUGUAAAAAUGACAGCUGACGUAUUUCACGAUUGUAUAUAGCUUAUAAACACUUUUUCAGUUGUAGCUGGAAUCUUUGCCGUUGCGAGGAAUUUUCCGAAAAAUAUUUGCGAAAAGACAGUUGUUGUAUAGCAUUUUGAAAUAUUUUCAGCAUUUCAGCAUUUUGAAAUAUUCUCGGCAUUAAAAUUCAGUAAUUUUGUGAAGCACUAAAUUUUUAAAGUUAGAAAGAGAAAAAAGGAGAGAGCGCCAGAAUUAUUAUGUGUUAUUAAUUUUUUUAAUUUUUUUUGCUUUUAUGUUAGUCCUUUAUUUAGUUAUAAAGAUUUAUUGCAUGCAUAUUUUUUAUACAUUUUUUACAUAUAUAACAUAUAAGAUAAAUGCUUUACUGA